GAAAACUCAAAAACCGAGGGGGGAGCCUGGAAAGGCGGGAACCGACUCAAGAAGGAGCCUCUCUCCGGCCAUAUAACGGCCCUCCUUUUACCGGAAAUGUGUUCCCGGUGGCCGGAAAGUCAAAAGCAAAUAAAAAAAGCUUUGGCAACUGCUCCUUUUCCGGCUUCUUUUUUGGGUUCGAGAUCCUUUAGUUUCGGUGGUUAUAAAUAGGUGGGAGAGCGUUCUCUGAGGAAAACAAGACUAACCGAAUAUAUUAACGACAGAGAAAGUAAAACGCAGAGAGAGAGAGAGACAGAGAGACAGGCGGUCGACGUAUGUCACACCGAUUGCAGGUUUAGGUAUUGUUGUCGGAACUAAGAGAACUGAUCGUUCUGAGUACUCAAAAGGAAUUUAAACACAAACCCUGAUUCAUAGUCUCUGGUCGAGAAACGGUGGGGUUCCUUUCAGUUUCGAAAUCGGUCGGGUUCUUUAUGUUAAAUAUAUGCCUGCUCGAGAAAAGGAGAGAUUCAUUUCGGUUUCGAAAUUAGUCUGAUUCUUUGUAUUUCAAGGUAGGACAGGGGAAGUGCAGUUUGAACGAAGAGAUAUAGUGUUUCGGGAAUUCAAACGCAAUGGAGCAGAAGCACAUUAUCAUGUCGGCCUUGAGCGUCGGUGUCGGUGUUGGUGUGGGGCUUGGUUUGGCCUCUAGACCGGCAGUAAGUAAAUGGACGAAUCCCAAUUCACCCAAUGCCAUUACUGGAGAACAGAUCGAGAAUGAGCUCCAGAAACAGGUUAUCGACGGCAAAGAAAGCAACAUCACCUUUGAUGAGUUUCCAUAUUACCUUAGUGAGCAGACACGGGUGUUAUUGACAAGUGCUGCCUACGUUCAUCUGAAACAAACCGAUUUGUCUAAGUACACCAGAAAUCUCUCUCCUGCAAGUCGGACCAUUUUGCUCUCUGGACCUGCUGAGAUGUACCACCAAAUGCUUGCCAAGGCUUUAGCGCAUUACUUCGAAGCCAAGUUGCUCUUGUUAGAUGCUACUGACUUCUCACUAAAGAUACAGAACAAAUAUGGCAGUGGGAGCAAAGGAUCUUCCUUGAAGAGGUCCAUCUCAGAUGCAACACUGGAGAGAAUGUCCGGUUUACUUGGUUCAUUUUCAAUCCUUCCACCAAAGGAGACAAAAGGUACAUUACGGAGACAAAAUAGUGUUAUGGAGAUCAGAUCGAGGGCAACAGAAGGUUCUAAUAAUGCUCCAAAGCAUCGUAGAAAUGCGUCUGCUGCAGCAGCUGACAUCAAUAGCUUUGCAUUGCAAUGCAGUCCUGUAAAUCCAGCCCCUCUGAAGCGCACCAGCAGUUGGGCAUUUGAUGAGAAACUUCUUGUACAGUCACUUUACAAGGUUUUGGUUUCAGUGUCGAAAACCAGUCCUAUUGUUCUCUACCUCAGGGAUGUGGAGAAACUUAUUUUUCGAUCACAAAGGAUAUACACUUUGUUCCAGACAAUGUUGAAAAAAUUGUCAGGAUCAGUUCUGAUCCUUGGUUCACGGAUAUCAGAUCCAGGUAAUGACUAUAAUGAAGUGGAUGAGAGGCUCGCCCUUCUGUUCCCAUACAAUAUUGAGACCAAGCCACCUGAAGAUGAGAACCACCUUAUUAGCUGGAGAGCCCAAUUGGAAGAGGACAUGAAAAUGAUCCAAUAUCAGGAUAACAGGAACCAUAUUACUGAAGUUCUUGCAGCAAAUGAUCUUGACUGUGAUGAUCUGGGUUCGAUCUGCCUUGCAGACACAAUUGUCCUCAGUAAUUACAUAGAAGAGAUCAUUGUAUCAGCAGUUUCCUAUCAUUUGAUGAAUAACAAAAAUCCUGAAUUUAGAAAUGGAAGGCUCAUUAUUUCAUCUAGGAGUUUGUCCCAUGGAUUGAGCAUAUUCCAGGAAGGUAAGCGUGGUGGUAAAGAUACUUUGAAGCUGGGAGCAAAUUCUGAACCUGCUAAGGAAUCUGAAGGGGAUGGGAUUAUUGGUGUAAAGCCUGAAUCAAAAUCUGGGACUCCUGCACCUGAAAACAAAAGUGAACCUGAGAAACCAGUUCCUCUGGUGAAGAAGGAGGAUGAGAAUCCACCUGCUCCUGUAAAAGUACCGGAGAUUCCUCCUGACAAUGAAUUUGAGAAGCGCAUUAGGCCAGAGGUUAUCCCAGCAAAUGAGAUUGGAGUUACAUUUGCCGAUAUUGGAGCACUAGAUGAGAUUAAGGAAUCUCUCCAGGAGCUUGUCAUGCUUCCUCUUCGAAGACCAGACCUAUUCAAGGGAGGCCUUUUGAAGCCUUGCAGAGGAAUAUUGUUAUUUGGACCUCCAGGUACUGGGAAGACAAUGUUGGCCAAAGCAAUAGCCAAUGAGGCUGGUGCUAGCUUUAUCAAUGUUUCCAUGUCAACCAUCACAUCAAAAUGGUUUGGGGAAGAUGAGAAGAAUGUAAGAGCUCUUUUCACCCUGGCAGCAAAGGUCUCCCCAACUAUUAUUUUUGUGGAUGAGGUGGAUAGUAUGCUUGGGCAGCGCACCAGGGUUGGGGAGCAUGAGGCCAUGCGUAAGAUUAAGAAUGAGUUCAUGACACAUUGGGAUGGACUAAUGACAAAACCUGGUGAGCGGAUCCUUGUUCUUGCUGCAACAAACAGGCCAUUUGAUCUUGAUGAAGCAAUUAUUAGGCGAUUUGAACGCAGAAUUAUGGUGGGCCUACCUUCUAUAGAGAAUCGGGAGAAGAUUUUGAGAACGCUUUUGGCCAAAGAGAAGGUUGAGGAAGGACUAGAUUUUAAGGAGCUUGCAACCAUGACAGAGGGAUAUAGUGGAAGUGAUUUGAAGAACUUGUGUACAAUGGCAGCUUAUCGGCCAGUUAGAGAGCUGAUCCAGCGAGAGAGACUUAAGGAUCUGGAAAGAAAACGUAGAGAGGACGAAGGGCUGAACUUGGAAGAGGCAUCAAAUGCAAAAGAAGAUAACGAGGAUAAAGUAAUUACUCUCAGGCCGCUGAAUAUGCAAGACAUGAAACUGGCAAAGAAUCAGGUAGCAGCCAGUUAUGCGGCUGAAGGAGCCAGUAUGGGCGAGCUGAAGCAGUGGAACGAGUUAUAUGGGGAAGGAGGUUCAAGGAAAAAGCAGCAGUUAUCAUACUUCCUUUAGAGGCAUGGUGUGAAAUGAGGUAAUUUUUUUUCCUCGAGUCACCAAUACCAUUCUGUUUGAAGAGGAGUGAUAGUUGAAGGCCUUUCACGUGAAACCCAUGGGUGCUGACGGUGUCUUGGUACUAAGAAAAUUCUCACAGUUGUUGCAGUUUCAUGGUAAACUGGAACUGUGUACCAUGUUAUAUUUUUCAUCUAUUAUAUAUUUGGUUUGGGUAUAUCAUGCUUUCCUGUUCUGUUGGUUGGCUAUUACUGGCAAAUUAGCCUCCCAGUUGCCACUAUGUGUUUGAAUAUGUAAGGCUGUUUCAUCCACAUUUAUUAUUGUAAUCUUGUGGGCAACAAGCUGGUCUAAGUUUAUACAGCUUUUUUGUUUUUUGUGUUU